CGCGGAAGCAAGCACAUCAACCAUCAGCGCUUUCGGUGGCUUCUUCUUCUUCUUCUUCAAAUCUGAAAAGGUAUUACCAUGUGUUCCUGAGCUUCAGAGGCACGGAUGUCCGUGACGGCAUUCUCAGUCAUCUCUAUGCGGGUCUCGAUCAAAGAGGAAUACAUACUUUCAUGGACAACGAGGAGCUCAGGAAAGGAGAGCAAAUAUCACCGGCGCUUAUGAAAGCGAUUGAGGAAUCGCGCAUCGCGGUUAUCAUUUUCACCGAGAACUACGCUUCCUCGCCAUGGUGCUUGGAAGAGUUAGCCAAAAUUAUGGAGUGCAAGGAGCAAAGAGACCUUAAGGUCUUUCCCCUGUUUUACAAAGUGGAACCCAGAGAAGUGAGAACACCAAGAAAGAGUUAUAGAAAAGCCAUGGCUACGCAUGAGUCCAAGUUUGGGAAGGGUUCGGAGAAAGUGAAGAGAUGGAAGAAGGCUCUCUUCGAUGCUGGUAGCUUGUCUGGGUGGGAAUUCCAUAAGGGGUAAGCAUGUUUUUUUCCUUUUGAUGAACUCAAUAUAUUCCUUUUAACUGGUCUCAUUCUCAUGCCUUCUUUUUAUUUCGU